UUUUUUGGACACCCAGAAGUUUAUAUUUUAAUUUUACCAGCCUUCGGAAUAAUUUCUCAUAUUAUUUCACAAAAAUCAGGAAAAAAAGAAACAUUUCGAACUCUUGGAAUAAUCUAUGCAAUAAUAACAAUUGGAUUAUUAGGAUUUGUAGUUUGAGCACAUCAUAUAUUUACUGUAGGUAUAGAUGUUGAUACACGGGCUUACUUUACCGCUGCUACAAUAAUUAUUGCAAUCCCUACUGGUAUUAAAAUUUUUAGAUGAUUAGCAACUCUAUAUGGAUCUAAAAUAAAUUUUAGAUCAUCAAUACUAUGAACAUUAGGAUUUAUUUUUCUAUUCACAAUAGGAGGAUUAACAGGAAUUAUACUUUCUAACUCUUCAAUCGAUAUUAUUCUACAUGAUACAUAUUAUGUUGUAGCACAUUUUCAUUAUGUUUUAUCUAUAGGAGCAGUGUUUGGAAUUAUAGCAGGAUUUAUUUACUGAUACCCAUUAUUUACUGGAAUAACAUUAAAUAUAAAAUGAUUAAAAAUUCAAUUUACUAUUAUAUUUUUAGGAGUAAAUAUAACCUUUUUCCCUCAACAUUUUUUAGGACUAAAUGGAAUACCACGCCGAUACUCUGAUUACCCAGAUGCAUUUACAAUAUGAAAUAUUAUUUCAACAAUUGGAUCAAUUAUUUCUUUUAUUAGAGUACCAUACCUAAUUUUUAUUAUUUGAGAAAGAAUAUCAACACAACGACAAAUUAUAUUUAUAGAAAUUACAAAUUCAUCUAUUGAAUGAAAACAAAAAUUUCCCCCUUCAGAUCAUAGAUAUGAAGAAGUUCCAAAAAUAACAAAAAAAUUUUAUUAUGGCAGAAAAAUGCAUUGGAUUUAAACCCCAUAAAUAAAGUUUUAAACUUUUUUUAGAAAAUGAUAACCUGAUCAAGAAUAAAUUUUCAAAAUGCUAAUUCACCUAUUAUAGAACAAUUAAUCUUUUUUCAUGAUUAUACUAUAAUUAUCUUAAUCUUAAUUACAGUAUCAAUUUUAUACUUAAUAUUAACUAUAAUAUUAAAUAAAUUUACUAAUAAAAACCUUUUAAAUAAACAAAAUAUUGAAAUUAUUUGAACAAUAACUCCUUCAAUAUUAUUAAUCUUUAUUGCUUUACCAUCAAUUCAUCUACUAUACUUAACAGAUGAAAUUAAUAAACCCCUAAUUACAAUUAAAACAAUUGGACAUCAAUGAUACUGAAGAUAUGAAUACUCAGACUUCAAAAAUAUUGAAUUUGACUCUUAUAUAAAUAAAUCAAUUGAUAAAAAUUCUUUCCGUUUAUUAGAUGUAGAUAAUAACACAAUUAUUCCCUUAAAUACACAAAUUCGUAUAAUUAUUAGAUCAAAUGAUGUAAUUCACUCUUGAACAAUCCCUAGACUAGGGGAAAAAAUUGAUGCAAUUCCAGGACGAUUAAAUCAAAUUAGAUUAUUAAUUAAACGACCAGGAUUAAUAUUUGGACAAUGCUCAGAAAUUUGUGGAGCCAAUCAUAGAUUUAUACCAAUUGUUAUAGAAAGAAUUCCAAUAAACUAUUUUUUAAAAUGAAUUAAUUCAUUUUAAUU